UCCUCCCAGCAACUUUCUAAGUAGCGGGGCGGCUGUCGCCAUCGCCCGGCAGAACCUACCACCACCCCUCUGGGAGAGGAGAGGAUCCACGCACAGCGGAUUGCCAUGGGCCUGGCACGGUGCCUGGCAGCUGCCUUCCUCUUUCUCUUCCUCCUGGGUCCGACCACUAGCCAGCGGGCAGUGACUGUCCAGAAGGGGCCUCUCUACCGCGUGAGGGGGUCCCACGUCACCCUGUGGUGCAAGGUGAGCGGCUACCAGGGCCCGGCGGAGCAGAACUUCCAGUGGUCCAUCUACCUGCCCUCGGCCCCCGAGCGGGAGGUGCAGAUCGUCAGCACCGUGGACCCCUCCUUCCCCUACGCCAUCUACACGCAGCGUGUGCGCAGCCGGGGCAUCUUCGUGGAGCGGCUGCAGGGGGACGCCGUCCUGCUGCACAUCACCGAGCUGCAGGAGCGCGACGCCGGCGAGUACGAGUGCCACACGCCCAACACCGACGAGAGGUACUUCGGCAGCUACAGCGCCAAGACCAGCCUCUCAGUGAUUGCAGACACCCUCCUGGCUUCCAUGGCUCCUCAGGCCCUCACCCUCUCCGAAGGGGAUGCGGUGGAGCUCACCUGUGAGGUGUCCACGUCCACUGACCAGCACACCCAUCUCUCAGUUGGCUGGUUCCUUCUUCAGGGAGCAGGAGACCACCGCGCCAAGGAGGUCCUCACCCUCUCCAAGGACUUCAUCCUGAAGCCAGGUCCCUCUUAUGAGCAGAGGUUUCUGGAGGGCAGUGUGGGGCUGAACAAGGUUGGGAACACCACGUACAAGCUCUUUAUCAGGGGAGUGGAGCCAUCCGACCAGGGGCAGCUGUACUGCGAGGCAGCUGAGUGGAUUGAGGAUCCUGAUGAGACAUGGAAGGACAUCUCCCGCAAGCAAACAGAGAGGACUUCACUGGCAGUUGUGAGCCAGGGCAGAGACCUCUCCGUGGACAUCACUGCUGCUGAACGCUCCCUUUCUGAAGGGGACACCUUGCAGCUAAAUUGUGUGGUGGGAGCCCCAAAGAGCAGCAGCAGGCACUUUAAAGUGCUUUGGCUCCUCAACAGUGUGGAAGUGGCCAUGGUUGACCACCAUGGGGUAUUUAUUUGGGAGGAAGAAUACAAGGAGAGAGCCAAGCUGGGGCAGCUCCGAGGAUUCAAGCAGAGCAAUACAGUUUAUGUCCUCACCAUCUCUGAGGUGGGGCUGAAGGACAAGGGUACUUACCAGUGCUCUGUGUCGGAAAUGAAGACUCCUGGAGACUCAUACAGCAUCCAGACCAAUGUGUCAUCAGGCAUACAAGUCAACGUGAAGCCAGUAGAGAGCCACAUGCGCCUGUCUGUGUCCACCAGCACCCCACGGAUCACAGUGGGAGACUCGCUGAUCCUCCACUGUGAGGUGCAGGGAGCCACCGGCCCCGUGUCCGUGCAGUGGUGGCACCUGCUACCGCAGCACCCAGGGCACAGGGUGCUGGUGGCCGCCAUGGAGCAGGAUGGCACCUUGAGCCUGGGCAGUGCCUACCAGGAUGGCCAGACUCGGGGGAGCCUUCGGCUGGAGAAGGACACCUCUCGCACUUUCACCCUGGUGAUCCCCAGCACGCUGGACGAGGAUGAUGGUGGGCAGUACAGGUGUGAAGCAAUGCAGUGGCCCCGAGGCUGGAACUGGACAGAGAAGGGGGAGGCAGCAGUGACGGUCAGCUCCAUGGGUCUCGGUCUGCAUGCCACGCUGAGGAGCCGAAUUGCCACCAUCAGAUACGGGCAGAGUUUUGAACUCUUCUGCCAAGUGAACGCCAGCUACACCCUGGAGAAGGUGCCAGCGUCUGUGCGGUGGCUUUUCCAGCCCAGCCCCGCCGGUCCCCUCCACGAGCUGGUCCGGGUCGUUCCCAGCGGCACUGUGGUCUGGGGGACUGCGCAGCCACACUUCCAGGGGAAAGCCCAGCUGUCGAAGGCUGACACCUCCUUCAGGCUGCACAUCCACAGUGCCUUGCCUGCCGAUGGGGGGACAUACCAGUGUGAGGUGGAGGUCUGGAGGAGGAACACCCUGCCCCUGGGGCAGCCAGCAGCCAGCACCAGGUCCAAUGUCGUGGGGAUAAAGGUGGUGCUGCCAGAAAGCAAGCUUCAGGUUGCUACGGAAGACAGCUCUGUGGAAAUUGCCAGCAGCAACACAGCCAUUGAGUGCAGGAUUGUGUUUGCCCAGAAUAAUUCGCAGUUUGCUGUUACCUGGUACCGCCUCCCUCCUCUGGCAGAUGCAACCCCCUUGCAAAUCAUCAGGGCCAACUACAGUAGCAUACUGGAAUAUGGGUCUAAAUUCAGCUCUCCUGAACAAAAGUCCCGGUUCCUGAGCCAGAGGGUGUCCAGCAGCGUAUUCCAGCUGCAGAUUCUGUCUGCAGACUUCAGGGACGAGGGCAGGUACUACUGUGUGGUGGAGGAAUGGCUCUGGCUGGUGGAUGGCUGGUACAAGCUCGGAGAGGGAGCAUCAGGAAGGACCACGGUGAAGUUCAAACCCCCAGAGCACGGGCUGCAGAUGGAGAGAACCAACCACAGCCUCUCUGCGAGGGAGGGCGAGGAGGUGGUGCUGCCCUGCCGGCUGCAGGGGGCCCAGGUGCCCGGCACGCUGCUCUCGGCCACCUGGUUCCAGGCGAAGAGCAGUGGCCGUGCCAGUGCCCUGCUGACCCUCCGCUACGAUGGCACCAUGGAGUACCCCCAGGAGCGCCUGGCAGGGAGGCUGUACCUCCGCCGCCCCUCCGCUGGCGACUUCAGCCUGACGCUGAGCAGUGUGGAGAGGGGAGAUGCCGGGGCGUAUUACUGCCAGCUGCAGCAAUGGCAGCAGCAGAGCGAGGGGAAGGACUGGGCUCUGCAAGCCUCUGCAUGCUCGGGGUACACCCAGCUCACCACCAUCCCGCCAGAGUCAACUGUUUUGUCCCGGAUCUGCUCAUCUCCAUCACUGCUGAACUUCAUCUUAUACUUACCACUGGUUCUGAUCCUUCUCCUGGCCCUUGCUGUCUUCUGCUGUUACUGCAAAUUCAGGAAAAGCAAGAAGGGCAACAUCACAGGAAGCCAGCUGAUGGAACUGGAAGGGGAUGGAGAGGUCAAGAAAACUUAGCUGGUGUGUAGAGGCAGAUGUAACUUGGAGCAGCAGAGCUGGACAGCUGAGGACUGUACUUGCAGAGGGGCUUUUUAUUGUUUUGUAGUAGCUCUUGCAACAAAUCCUUGAAAUUGUGUGUUUGCUUUUGAUGGAA